AACACACACCUUCAUAGAGUGUGAGGCACACCCCGGCUGUGGCCUCAGUUCAGCUCUCCCCUCUCACGGCGGCGGCGGCACCCUGCAGUCAUGCUCAAUCUCAUCAAAUUUCCACGAGUCUUCAGCAUCAAUCAGGUGCCCAAAGUUUACCAUGAGGACAGCAUCAUUUCUGGGUACCGGCACCCCAGGAGCUCCGCCACGGACUGCAUCCUCAGCCUCUUCCAGAUGACCAAUGAGACGCUCAACAUCUGGACACACUUUCUACCCACCUGGUACUUUCUGUGGAAACUGGUGACGGUGGUGCUGAUGCAGCAGGGAUGGCAGGACUCCUUCACCUGGCCUCUGAUGGUCUUCCUCCUCUCCUGCUGCAUUUAUCCGUUGGCGUCCAGCUGCGCUCACACCUUCAGCACCAUGUCGCCGCGGGCGCGCCACAUCUGCUUCUUCUUUGAUUACGGGGCGCUCAGUUUCUACAGCCUGGGGGCUGCAGUCGUUUAUUCAUUUUACGCUUUCCCCGACAAGUGGGUGAACAGCUCCUUUCAUCAGUGGUACAUCCCCAUCGCCACGGCCAACACUGUCAUCUGCACCGUCCUGGCCUGCUACUCCAGGCUUGGCUUUCCGUUCCUGCAAUAUAACGGCGACUUUGUGAAAAGAUUACCUGGGAAUCCAAGAUUCAGCAAAUUCUUUCGCAUCCUUGCCUUCGGCUACCCCUGCCUGUUUGACAACAUUCCUCUCUUCUACAGGGUGUUCCUGUGCACGGGGGAUGGCUGCACUGACAACGACACCAACAUCCUCCACUACAAACACAUUGGCUUGGCUCUCCUCACCGGCUUCCUGUUUGCCACCCGCUUACCUGAGCGCCUGGCACCCGGCAGCUUCGACUACAUAGGUCACAGCCACCAGCUCUUCCACGUGUGCGGCAUCCUCGGCACCCACUUCCAAAUGCUGGCCGUAGAGCAGGACAUGGUGACGCGACGCCCCUGGCUCACUGCUAACUCCAUGCCUGUCUCGUUUGCUAACUCUCUGGGUCCAGCACUGCUUUGUGUGGUGGUGAAUUUGAUUAUCAUCUGCUUCUUUAGUCUACCUCUCCUUUCUGGCCCGGCGUGCCAGAAAAGCAAAGAGGGAAAAAAUCAAAAGAAAGCGGCAACCAAAGUCUGCUCCUGCUACUAAAUCUUAACCCAGGUUUUAUAGAUGAGUGAAAAGAAUAGGGGGCCAAAAAGAAACAGUGUACAAGCACAUUCAGCUGUGAUAGCUGCUGUUGAAGUAUUCAAGAGCUGAGCUGAAAAUCUAGGGACGAGUUGCACAAUGCACUACAAUGAACAAUUUAAUAAAUCAGUGAUUCUUGAGAAUAGGGACAAAAUGGGUUUUAAUUUUCCCCCUUUUUUGUUGUUAU